AUGUGCACAGUCUGGAUGGAUGCAUGUGAAUCAGAGCAAGCAUUACAGAAACGAUCAACUGAAGAGACUACAAGACCCCCAUUGGUUUCUGCUGACAACAAAAAUGAAACUCCUCGUCGGUCCCGAACCAGAGAAGUUAGUUCUAGGUACAGGUCUCCUACUCCAUCGCCAGCUGCCCGUCCGAAAUGCUAUCCUUCGCCAACUGUUAAGGUAUCAUCGACCUCAACUUUACGAGCACCAAAGAGGGCUAUAUCAGCCGAAAGGAAGCGCCCCUCUAGACCAUCAUCCCCACCUAGCCCGUCUCCAUCAACACCAGUCCAGGAUACAACUGCAGAAAUGCUAUUGGCAUCAAGGAAUAUAGUAGGCAACAGAUUACCAGAGUCUUUAUGGCCAUCUACAAUGCGCAAUCGCAGUGUUUCUUUUCAAUCUGAUACCUUGACUCGUCCUGUUAAUAAGAUGGAAAAACCAGUGUCUCGUGCUCUUUCGGAUCGCAAUCUUAAGCCAUCAUUAAAUAUAACCCAUAGACAAGGUGAAACUCCUCCUUCUUCUGGGAGGCCCACACCAGAAAGGAAGAGGAGUCCACUUAAAGGAAAUAAUUCUGUCAAUCUGUCCGAGAAUUCUAGACCGGCUGAUAGUCUGCACAGCCGAUUAUUGGAUCGACAUCGAUGGCCAAGCAGAACCCGUGGAAAAGUAUCCUCCAACAUUUUGAACAGAAGUAUCGAUAUCACUGAAAAAAAUAGCAAAGCGUCAUCUUUAUCCCAUUCAGGAAUGGGUACUCGCCCCAUAAGGAGAUUAUCUUUUGAUGGGGCAAGUAGACCUUUGCAAAAAUCUUCGAGUGACUUGUUAACCUUAGUAUCUAGUGAUGGAAAUGAAAGUUCAAGUUCGAAUUGUUGUUCAGCUGAUGAUAGUUCACUGCUGAUUCAAAAGCCCGGAUCUUCAAGUUUAUUUGAUAGAACACCUUUAGUGAAUCCUGCUGUUAGAUCUCAGUCCUUGCCUCAUGGCUCACGUCCUGCUUCACCCUCUGCAACUAGAGGGAUCAGUCCGUCUCGAACAAAGACUGUCAAUUCCUCUUCUUCUAUAGGUCCAAGUCCUGCUCGGGUAAGACCAUCGAGCCCAUCCAGACAACCACAGAGUUCAACUUCUGUUCUCAGUUUUAUUGCGGAUAUUAAGAAAGGGAGGAAGGCUGCAAAUCACAUAGAAGAUGUUCAUCAAUUGAGGCUGCUAUAUAAUCGACAGCUGCAAUGGCGAUAUGCAAAUGCUCAAGCAGAUACUGUAUUACGUGUUCAGAAAGUAAAAGCAGAGGAUACAUUGUACAGGGUGUGGAGAACAAUUGUGGAUCUGCGGGAUUGGGUGAUCGGGAAAAGGAUUUACAUUCAGCAACUGAGGCUCAAGUUGAGGCUCUGCACAGUUUUGAACAAUCAGGUAGUAUGUCUUGAUGAGUGGGCUUUAAUUGAAAUUGAACACACCAACUCGUUAUCAUGGGCUAUCCAAGAUCUGCAGGCAAGCACUCUCCGUGUUCCCAUUACUGGAGGAGCAAGGGGAAACAUUGAAGUUGUUAAAGCAGCUGUAUGCUCGGCCCUUGAAGUGAUGCAAGCAAUGGGAUCCUCCUUAUGCUCAGUACUAUCACAGGUGGAGGGGAUGAACGGCCUGGUCUCUCAACUUGCUGACGUUUCAGCAAAACAAAGAGCCAUGCUUGAUGAAUGUGAAUCACUUAUGGCUUCUAUAGUUGCAAUGCAGGCAGAAGAAAACAGCCUUCGGACACAUUUGUUACAGUUGAAACAAGCCUGGGAAGACGAUUCAGGGAAAGCAACAAAUCUUGUUGGAAUUGCACAAAGCGGUUUCCUCGAUAACGGAGAAGAAAGAUGCUUUGUAGGUUGUCUUGAGCUUCCUGCUUGGUGGUCUUACCUUCCUAAACAUUAA